GCUGACCCUGGUUCUCUUCUUCCGACCUUCUGCAGUGUUUCUUGUGUAGUCAUAUUGAAACUGCUUCCGAGGUCUGCUAUACUCUCUUCCAAGCCGAGCUGAAGACGCCUCCGUCUACUUCUUUUCAUAGGAGCCUUUCUUUUGCAAGAGCAAACCUCAAUCUUGCUUCCGAUUUAUUCUCUACCAACAGACGGCCCACUCCCUAUCCCAAUAUUAGAUAUUCAAUUUAUACUGGAAGUUGUCCACUCACUUGGCAUCAAAUUCAUAAUCUACACGACCGGGCACGCCGGGCACUCCCUUGGAUUUCAAACAGAAGCAUCUCGCAAUGCCUCAGUCACAACCUCACACUGAAGCUCCGGCCGUACCUCCUCCAGCACCCUCAAUCGCACAUCUGGACAAAGUGAGCUACCUCUUCGGCUACGGGAUAGCACACUCACUAUCACCACACCUUCACAGCACAGUCUACUCAGCCCUUAAGCUUAACUAUCAAUACCUCCUCUACGAAUCUCGGAACCUGGAAGCAUGUCUAGCCCUCGCUCGAGAGCCCAAGUUCUACGGAGCAGCAGUAACGAUGCCUCACAAAGUAGCCAUCAUUCCUCAUCUCGACGUCCUGACCCCUGAAGGAGAAGCAAUCGGAGCCAUCAACACGAUCUUCCUCCGCUCCGCUCCGGAUGGGACACGACUUCUAUGCGGCACCAACACAGACUGCAUUGGAAUUCGGGAAGCCAUCCUGCAAAACGUCAGCAAAUCAGAUGCUAAAAAUAUGGAAGGCAAACCCGGAAUGAUUAUCGGCGGCGGAGGCACGAGUCGUGCGGCUGUUUACGCACUCAAGCACUUCCUCGGCUGCUCGGAUAUCUAUCUCGUCAAUAGAGAUAAAUCCGAAGUGGACCAAGUAAUUGCUGAAUGCAACAGCAAAGGCUUCGGCGACGGAUUGAGAUAUAUCUCAUCCGUUGCUGAAGCGGAAGAGUUGGAAGGACCAAAGGUCAUUAUCAGCGCGAUACCUGAUUUUGCUCCAAAGAGCGAGAGCGAGUGGACGGCAAGGAAGAUCAUCGAGACGAUGUUGGGGAAGAAGGAAAAAGGGGCUAUUUUGGAAAUGUGUUAUCACCCGAGUCCGAAUACGGCUAUUGAUGCUCUUGCGAGAAAUGCUGGGUGGAAGGUUAUUGGCGGUGUAGAGGCUAUGAUUUGGCAGGGGUUGGAGCAAGAUAAGGUGUGGCUUCGGAGGAAGAUAUCCACUUUGCCUGUGGAGAAAGUGAAGGAGGUCAUUGCUGCAGAAGUGUCAAAGCCUCAUCUAUAAAUGAUCGGUCUUGGAUAUUCAGGAACAUUUUUGGGCAAUGACAAUGAUGAGGAGAAAAGUAUCUAGGAUUGACGGUACGUAAUAGACAGACUGGAUAUUUUAGCACGGAGUUCAGGUUUUUUUUAAUUAACAAUCUAUAAACAUAUCAAGCCUCC